GGAAAAUUGCUCCUGCGAUGCGCAGUACAGAAUAAAGCUGAGCCAUGCUGAUCCGCGUAAACCAGCAUCCGAGUCAUACCAGUGAGUGACAUUGAACAGCUGAGGAUUAACACCUGAGGAAAUAGCCAUGAAUGCGGAAACUCAGGCGGGCGGUGGUGUCGCUCAACUAGCACGCGCUAUGGGGGCCUCGGAACCCGCCCUGAGACUCAUUAUUUCAAUUUCACUGGGCUUUCCACUGGCUUACUUACAUCGUCGCACUCUGUACGGCAAGACCCCCCUCCAUCAACAUGUUUUUUUUAUCCUCAGUGGUGUUUUUCUGGGGAUCUGGAAUUUUGGUUGGGACAUGAGCCACUCUGCAAUUUCUCUAUGCACAACGUACCUGAUUUUACUAGUCCUUGGAAGUUCAAAGUUAGCUGUUGCUGUUACGUUUAUAUUCAAUAUGUCACAUUUAUUAUAUGGCUACUGGACAACAAGUACCGAAGUUUACGACAUUAAAUGGACAAUGCCCCAUUGCGUAUUAACCCUCCGUCUGAUCGGUCUAAGUUGGAACUACUACGACGGCAAUAGAGACGAGAAAUAUCUCUCGGGUUACCAAAAAAAUGUCUCCUUAAAGCAAUUGCCAUCCUUCCUGGAGUGCGCUGGAUUCACGUAUUUUCCAGGGGCAUUUCUCGUCGGGCCGCAAUUUAGCAUGAGACGGUACCUCGAUUACGUCAACGGGGAGUUGAUAGAAAGCAAAUCGACGGAACCUGAAGCAUUACCAGAUAAUAUAGUACCUGCGAUAAAACGAACUGCUUUAGCAUUCAUAUACCUCUUGAUUUAUCUCGUUGGGGCAAUUUAUGUAUCUGAUGAAUUCCUGUUGAGUGACGACUUCGGAAAUUCAAAUUUUUUCAAGAAAGUAUUUUUGCUUGGCCUGUGGGCUCGAGUAUGUCUGUAUAAAUAUAUUGGUUGCUGGCUAUUGACGGAAGGGGUGUGCACAACAUUUGCGCUGUCCUACAACGGUCGCGACGAAAAUGGCCAAUCCAAGUGGGACGGUUGCGCCAAUGUUGAUCUGUUUACGUUUGAAAAUGCCACAACAUUCAACCACUACAUACAGUCCUUCAACAUGAACUCAAAUCAGUGGUUCGCCGAGUAUAUAUAUAAACGCCUCAAAUAUCUCGGUUCACGCAAUGCAAGUCAAUUCUUUACCCUUCUAUUUAUUGCUGUCUGGCAUGGCUUCCAUUUUGGUUACUACCUUACCUUCUUCAAUGAAUUCAUCAUCAUGCACUUCGAGAAGGACAUCACUCCAGUCCUGCGGAAAAACGAUAAAUUGCAGGCAAUGGUUGCCACUCCACAUGGAAAAGUCAUCGCAUGGUCAAUCCAGAAGAUUUACACACUCAUCUUCAUGGGCCACGCAUUCGUGCCAUUCGGCUUACUUUCCUAUUCCCAUUACAUGCAUGUCUACUCGAGUGUUUAUUACUUUGGAUUUUUAGUCUUCUGCGGUUAUCCAUUCGCUGCGCCUUACGUGAAACGAAUCAUUCGAGGAAGUGCAACAAGACCACAUAGCGAAUAAUUUCACAUGUAUUUUUUUUUCUGAAUUAUUUUAUUCGUCGGCUGAUGACGAAUGAAAAUGAGAAUUUAAUGACGAUG